CAGAGAAGCUGUGGAUCAUGGAGGCAAGAACGGCAGCAGGCUAGGGCCAGGUGGAGGAACUGAAGAAAGAUAAUGCAGGCCAAGCAGCUGAACUGUCAGCCAUGGGCGCCAGAGUGACAGCCAGCGAGAGAGAGGUGGAGGAACUGAAGAGAGAGAACGCAGACAGACCUAAGGUGGCCUUCUCAGCUGGUUUGACCGAUGACGGCGCUGUAGGACCCUUCGAUACUGGACACAAACUGGUCUACACCAAAGUCUUCACCAACAUUGGCCAAGCCUACAACCCAACUACAGGAAUCUUCACAGCACCAGUGAGAGGGGUCUAUAACUUCAUAUUCAGAGCCUGUAACAACCAGAGAGAUAAGAGCGUAAUUGUUGCCAUGAUUGUGAAUGGCAAGUUCAUUCUGCACAAUUGUGAGCAUGAACCUGAUUCCCAUGUUAGGUGUAUAUCUAAUGCAGUCAGUCAGCAGCUUGAGAAGGGAGAUGUGGUACACAUGGAGUUCCCCUCAGGGAACCAGCUCUUUGACAGCGAUAAUAAUCACAAUAUCUUUAGUGGCUUCCUGCUCUUCCCUAUGUGAGAACACCAACUGCUGUAAUGGUCUCAGGUGAAGAGUCUGUAUUGUAAGACCCUCUUGGAGCCCCAAAUGCUCCUCUUACUACAAUGAAUAAAGCAUUAAAAAGCAAUAAUACUGUGUAUGUGUUGUUCGUUUACAAAGACAUUGUUUACAAAUAUUAAAGUAAAACAACAUAUUUUGGGUUAUGACAUGGGGUAAGCCAGUUUUAUUUGGCUCAUAAGGCAUUUCUACGUUCUAUUCUUCCAGAAUCAAUGGGUCUAUAAUAUCAUUCAUUCAUUGAGAUGACCAUUGAAGAGUUGUAAAUAUUGCAGAUUGUACCUUGAAGACUGAA